AUGUCAACUGAAAACCAUUCAACUUUAAAAAUAAUGGCACUUGAUCGUCCAUUCCAACUUGGAAUACUUUAUGAUUAUAAAACUGAUAAACUCAUUUUUGAUACAUCAAUAUGGAAUUCGGAUCCAGGCUCACAAUAUAUUAAUUGUGAAGCUUUAUCAUGGAGCAAGUGUAAACUUUAUAUGCCAGAUACAUUCAAAGAAAUAGCAGAUCUAGUAGGAAUUGAUAAUAACCUUAAAUUGAGUGUUCUAGCUAAUCUUAUUCAAUUAUCUGGUUCAGCAAAAUUAAUUGAUGAUCAAAAGAAAACAAAUCAUACUCUACGAUUUAUUUUAAAGUAUUCAAUAAAAAAACAGAUUCAUGCAUUAAGAAUGACUUAUAUCAACAUAAAUUAUACAAAAUAUCAAGCAGUAUUAGAUCAACAAAUUGCUACUCAUGUUGUUACUGAUAUUCUUUAUGGUGGUGAUAUAUUUUUUUUAUUCGAUCGAAAAUUAUCUAUUGAUGAAGAUCGUGCGAAUAUUGAAGAUUGUAUCAAAUUACUUUUAAAAAAAUUUGAAACCUUUCAAAUACUUGAUAAUGGUGAAUUGAAUUGGAAAAAUCAUGAAAAAAAACUAGCUGCAACAUUAACAUGUCAAUAUUAUGGUGAUUUUCAAGUUCAAUCAAAUCCAACAACAUUUGAAGCAAUGGUUAAAUUAUAUAAAGAAUUAUCAAAAUUUCGUGGUCAAAAUACUGAUUAUACAAUACCAAAACAAGUAUGGAUAUAUCCACUUUAUUUAUUAGAUGAAUAUCGUUUAGUAAAGAAAAAUUUUUAUGAAAUUAGUAAUGAUAUUCUUAUUAAAAUUUUAGAAUUUUUUGAUAAUUUAUAUCAAGUAAAAGUAACUUUAAGUUAUUUAAAAAUUACUUUAUCAUCUAUUAAAAUGUUCAAUCGAACUGAACAACAAUUGUUAACAUAUUUUAAUCGAUUAUCUGAAAUUGAAAUUUAUAUAAGAAAUCAAAUGAUGCAACUAUUACCGAUGAUUCGUGUUGGUUCUAUGGAAGAAAUAGCUCUUACUAAUCUACAGAAAAAUCUUGAUUUAUCACCAUCUAAUAAACAAAAAUUAAACGAUUGGAUUGAAUUUAAAACAAAGGAAAUAAAUAUUUUUAAGGCUUUUCGCAAUAAGUUACGAAAACAAGAUAAUAUUCAUCAAUUAUCAUGUUCAUUCGAUGAAGUUCGAAAGAAUUUAAAAUCUAAAUUUAUUCUUCGUUUGAUAAUUCAUGUUACAUCAAAAAAUGAUACAUUUUUAAAUGAAAUAUUUCCAUAUUUUAAUAAUAACAUAACAAAAUCAAUAAAUCAAUACACAAAUAACGAUUAUUGGUUUAAUGAAAAUAAUUUUUCAUUAAUAGAAAAUCAAAUUUCUUUAUUUAUCAAAUUUGCUCAAGUCAAUUAUUCUAAAUCAAAUAUUAAAUUUAUUGUUAAUGAAGAAUAUGCUGAUGAAUUUCAAAUGAAUAAAGGAGUAACAUCUAUUCUUUAUCAAAAUGAUGUUCCUACUACUUUCGAUAUUCCAAGUAGACCAGGACAACCAUAUGUAACAAAUAUUACAGAUCAGAGUUUAACACUUAAUUGGUCAAAACCUAUAUAUGGAAGUCAAAGUAUUCAGCAAUAUAAGAUUUAUAGUAAAACUAUUUCAGAUCAUAAAUGGAAAUUAUUGUUAACAACUGCGAAUGCAACAUUAUCUGUGGAUAUUUCAAAUCUUAUAGAAGGAAAAUGUCAAUUCAAAGUCCAAGGAACUACUUUAGUGGGUGAUACGACUAAAAGUGAUACUAGUAAUAUAAUUGGUUAG